GCAGAUCAUACGUAAUGAUUUUCGACAAGCCUAGCUUAUGACGUCAGAAUGUCGUUUAUUACAAAGGCAAAAUCUCCGGCCAGAGCGCUUCCUGAUACAAAGCUAGCACCCAGACGCAUCUCAUGCUGUCUCUUAUUAUUAAUUGGGAGCGUCAUCCGCCGUUCAUGAGAAUCAUGGCUAAUCUUAAGGACGAGACCAAGAAGGAGGCAAAAAUGAGGAUACGCGCUUUCCCUAUGACAAUGGAUGAGAAGUAUGUGGAAAAUAUCUGGGCCCUGCUAAAGAAUGCCAUCCACGAGAUCCAGCGGAAGAACAACAGUGGACUGAGCUUCGAAGAGCUGUACAGGAACGCCUACACCAUGGUGCUCCACAAGCAUGGGGAGAAGCUCUAUACAGGCCUGAGGGAGGUGGUCACAGAGCAUCUCAUUAACAAAGUACGACAAGAUGUCCUUAAAUGCCUUAAUAAUAAAUUUCUGCAAAUUCUAAAUCAAGAAUGGAAUGACCAUCAAACUGCCACCAUCAUGAUUCGAGACAUCCUCAUGUACAUGGACCGAGUUCAUGUUCAGCAAAACAACGUGGAGAACGUGUACAACCUCAGCGUCAUCGUAUUCAGAGACCAGGUGGUCCACUACGGCUGCAUUCGAGAACACUUAUGGCAGACGCUACUGGACAUGAUUAAACGAGAGAGGAGGGGAGAAGUUGUCGACAGGGGAUCCAUCAGAAACACGUGCCAGAUGCUGAUGGUUCUUGGCCUGGACAGCAGGAUUGUGUACGAGGAAGACUUUGAGCGACCGUUCUUAGAAAUGUCAGCCGAAUUCUACCAGAUGGAAAGCCAAAGGUUUCUCACAGAAAACAGCACCAGCAUCUACAUCAAGAAGGUGGAGGCCAGAAUCAACGAGGAGAUCGAGCGGGUCAAGCAUUGCUUGGACAAGUCAACGGAGGAGUCCAUUGUCAAGGUGGUGGAAAGGGAGCUGAUAACUAAACAUAUGAAAACCAUAGUGGAGAUGGAGAACUCCGGCAUGGUCCACAUGCUCCACAAUGGCAUAACAGAAGACCUUUUGUGCAUGUACAAGCUGUUCAGUCGUGUCCCAGAUGGCCUAAAAACAAUGUGUGACUGUAUGAGUUUGUACUUGAGAGAGCAGGGCAGGGCUCUAGUAUCGGAGGAAGGAGAGGGCAAAAACCCAGUCGACUAUAUCCAGGGCCUGCUGGACCUGAAGAGGGUGUUUGACCAUUUCCUUCACAAGUCUUUCAACAAUGACAAAUUAUUCAAACAAACCAUAGCAGGAGACUUUGAGUAUUUCCUCAAUCUCAACUCCCGCUCACCAGAGUACCUGUCACUCUUCAUCGACGAUAAGCUCAAGAAAGGAGUACGAGGGUUGACAGAACAGGAGGUUGAGUUCAUUCUGGACAAGACCAUGGUGUUGUUCCGGUUUCUGCAAGAGAAAGAUGUUUUUGAAAGGUACUACAAGCAGCAUCUGGGCCGCAGACUGCUGAGCAACAAGAGCGUCUCGGACGAUUUGGAGAAGAGCAUGAUCUCCAAGCUCAAAACAGAAUGUGGCUGUCAGUUCACUUCAAAGCUAGAAGGGAUGUUUCGAGAUAUGACCAUCUCCAACACCACCAUGGAUGAGUUCAGGCGACAUGUACACGUCACGUCGGCCUAUCUAUGUGGCGUGGACUUGACCGUCCGCGUCCUGACUACCGGUUACUGGCCCACGCAGUCAGCAACACCCAGAUGCACCAUCCCUCUUUCCCCCCAGCAUGCUUUUGAGGUCUUCAAAAGGUUUUACCUCGCCAAACACAGUGGCAGGCAGCUCACACUGCAACAUCACAUGGGUGGGGCAGACCUAAUUGCGACUUUCUACGGCACUUUGAAAAAAGAUGAUGGUUCUGGGGCGAGCUUCGGAGGUGGCCAAAUGAGCGGUUCAAACUCCCGGAAGACCAUUCUGCAGGUGUCCACAUUCCAGAUGACCAUCCUCAUGCUCUUCAACCACAAAGAAUGCUUCUCAUUUGAGGAGAUCCACAAUGAAACGGAUAUUCCCAGAUGGGAGUUAGUGCGAGCACUGCAGUCUCUGGCCUGCGGAAAGCCCACGCAGAGAGUUCUCACCAAAGAGCCAAAGUCCAAGGAAAUAGAAAACGGACAUUUGUUUACAGUCAAUGACCAGUUUACUGCCAAAGUGCACAGAGUCAAAAUACAGACAGUCGCUGCUAAACAAGGUGAAUCUGACCCAGAAAGGAAAGAGACGCAGCAGAAAGUGGAUGACGACAGGAAGGUGAUGAUCGAGGCGGCCAUAGUGCGUAUUAUGAAAUCCAGGAAGAAAAUACAGCACAACGUCCUGGUGGCCGAGGUGACUCAGCAGCUGCAGGCACGCUUCCUCCCCAGCCCCGUGGUCAUCAAAAAGCGCAUUGAGGGACUUAUAGAGAGGGAAUACUUGGCAAGGACUCCAGAAGACCGUAAUAUGUACACCUACAUUGCAUAAAGGGGGCUGUGUAGAUGGAGGAGAGAGAGUUAAUUUUUUUCUAGGGCCUUACAACUACAAUGUCAUAAAAUGGAAAAUGCACAGAAAAUCCAUCACAUAGAAGCAGUACUAUUCCAGGGAGCCGCUUUUGUUCUUGUACCCCCAGACAUCAGACUGACCGAUCCUUUGUGAAAAAUGUGAA